CACACUCACAUGUGAUUUAAAAAGCCAGCGCUUAGCUUGAAGUGGCUAAUUUAACGUUAGCGCAAGUUAGCGGCGAAGCUAACGUUAGCCAAAGUUAGCAAACUGGCCCGGCUAGUGUGUUACAAUGCCACAUCGCCGGAGGAGCCCAGCCUGUCUUGCACUUCCGCAGUCUGUGUUUUGGACCUGGGUGGUGGUUGAGCCGAUAGAUUCCUUUUAGCUUUUUUAUCCUGCUGUUAAUCAUGUCUUGACAGUGCUAUGGUAGAAAUGCCGUCGUCUUCUUCAGUUAACCCCUCUUUAGCUGCAACGAAAUGGUUCAUAGGAAGCUGACUGUGGUUUUCAAACUGUGAUGGGUUGAUUUUGCAGAAUGCCUUCAAGAGGCAUAGUCCUCAGUUUGCAAGUCAUCUGAGCAAGUGGACUAGUAGACAUACACACAACCCCAGCUUUAGAGAGAGAGAGAGAGAGACUGGACAGAACUGACAGCCAGGGGCCUCAUCUGAAUUUGAAUUUGUUGUUUUCAAGUCAGCCAUGGCUCGGGAGGAAGAGGAAGAGGAGCUGACAGCUGAUCGACCCAAGGAAGUGGACAUGUUUACAUCAGUGCGUUUCCUUGGAUACUUGUCCAGUGUCAACCUUCUUGUGGCAGUGUGCGUGGGCAUGUAUGUGCGCUGGGAGGAGACAGAUGAACCGAUGAUUCUGGUUAUUUUUAUCCUGGGCCUCUUUGUCCUAGGGAUAGCCAGCAUCCUCCACUACUACUUUGCAAUGGAGAAAGCCAGCCUCAGUUUGUUCCACCUGUGGUUUGGUUUUCUACUCGGACUCCUGUGCUUCCUCAACAGCCCUACCCUCGAUCAGAAUGUCAAAGAGCAGGUCACCAACUAUCUCCUCCUGGCAAGUGUAGCUAUGAAAGCUGUAUGGGCUCUGACGGAACGGAUAUGCAGCUCUCUCCGGUACAAACCUACGUUGCUAACUUCCAUCGAGCUUCUGGAGCUCCUGGGAUUCAGCAUCGCCAGCACUACCAUGGUUUUUCACAAAUCAAUCGCCAUAAUCAGCUUGGUGGUGGCUCUCGGGGCUCUCGUUGUGGACCUGAGGGUGAAAUCACUUCUAGCCUUGCCGAACCUCGCCUGUUUUGCCUUGGUUACCUCUCUUGUGUUGUUUCAGGCCCUGGGCAUCACAGCCAACCCCUAUGCCCUGGGCUGCUACCUGGGCAGACUGCUUUGUGAGCCCUUGCUGGAUGUGUACUUCAGCGGGCUGGGCCCCAGUGAACGCUGGCUGCCAUUUCUCUCCCUGGGUAGGGUGUGGAGGAGGCUGUCCCUGCUGCCUCUGAGUCUGGCUGAGCUGGCCUUCUUUGUCCUGGCUGCCUUAAAGUUGAGCCACCUGGAGCUGUGGUACCUGGUAAUCCCAGGCUUCUGUGUGUUUGGUCUCUUCUGGUCCAUCUGCCACACAGUUCUGCUGAUCACACUCUGGGGCUUCCACACCAAGCUGAGUGAAUGCCAGAAGGCAUGGCGGGCCCAGCGAACUGGUCACCGGAGCCUGGACCGGGUCAUGGCCUCCAGGGGCAUGAGACACUUCUGCCUCAUUUCAGAACGCCUGGUUUUCUUCUGUCUGCUGUCAACGGCCAUACUGGGAGCUGUGUCCUGGCAGCCCACCAAUGGUCUCUUCCUCGGCGCUCUGCUGGUGGUGCUGCCCCUGGAGUCUCUGGCCCACGGCUUGUUCCAUGAGUUGGGUAGCUGCCUUGGGGGGACUUGUGUUGGCUAUGCCCUGGUCAUACCAACCGCUUUCUGCAGCGCUGACGGCCAACCCAGCCUCCUCCCCCCCGAUCACACGCAGCAGCUGAACCUGCGCUCCACCGGCAUGCUGAACAGCGUGCAGCGCCUCUUCUCGCACCACAUGAUCCAGACGUUCGGCUGCGACUACUCCACCAGUGGCGUCACUCUGGAGGCCGUGCAGACCAAGCUGCGGAGCUUUCUGGAGCUGCGUACUGCGGAUGGGCCGCGCCACGACACCUAUUUGAUUUUCUACAGUGGGCACACGCACCGCGGGACUGGCGCUUGGUCUUUGGCUGGAGGCGAGAGUCUCCAUCUGGCCCAGCUGCUGGAGUGGUGGAAGGAGAAGAACGCUGACCACUGCUCCCGUCUCAUCAUAGUCCUGGACACGGAGAACUCCCUCCCCUGGGUGAAGGAGGUGCGGAGGGUGGAGGGGAUCUACAUAGCCAUACAGGGGGCUGAGUUGAACACCACUGGCGGGGACGCGGAAGCCGGUGACACCCCGGGCCUGGGUGACUUCACCUCCGAGUGGGUGGAGUUCAACUGCAACCCAGACAGCGACAUGCAGUGGUCGGAGAAGGGAAGGACAGUGGCCGCCAUCUACGGUGUGUCCAAACGCUGGAGCGACUACACACUGCACCUGCCAACAGGAAGCGAUGUGGCCAAGCACUGGAAGACCUACUUCCCCAAGGCUACUUAUCCCUUGGUGCACCUGUCCAACUGGUGCUGUGGCCUCAACCUGUUCUGGCUGUGCAGCAUGUGUCUGCGCUGCUUCAGGAGGUGUAAGCUAGCCUGGUUCCCUCCCACUGUACUGGACACUGGGCAGGGCAUCAAACUGGUGCACUCAUAGAUGACAUAGGAUGUCAUAAUGCAGCUUUUGACUCUGGAAAUGUGUUAUUUUAGAGCUGAAGUCGCCUGAGUCAGAGGUGCCUAUACCAAAGGGAAAAAAAACAACAACGCGCAUAAACAAAUUGCCACGUCAGUCGCAGCAUUUAAUGGUGGAAAUUUUGGCACUAAGCAGGGAAGUUGUCGAAAAAGGGAAAGCUCCUUCCAACCGUUUCAUGCUAUGUUAUUUAACUUAAUGCAAAGACUGACACCACCCUGACAAUCAGUUUUUUACCCAAGAACAUGUUUUGUUGUUAUUACUAGUUGGUUGGUGGUUGGUUUGUAUGUUGCCACUUCCAAACAAGGCAGCGAAAAAGCCAAUUAAAAUGGUUUGUUGUUUGUAAUUCAAACAAAUUCGGUGUAACUCCUUCUGUAUGCUGUAUACAGCACUGUAGGAAAAAUUAGGUGAGGAUUCCUCAUUGGUGGUUUCUUUACCCGAGAUGAAGUAGAGAAUACCAAAGUUGAGCAUUUUUUUAUGUAAGUGUAAUGGGAAAUUGGGGAAUACCGUUAAUAUGCAGUGCAUAAUUAAUGUCAUUAUGCUGUUACUGCAGUAUUUUUCUUUUCUUUUACGUACCACGUCAAAUAUUUUACAAUUGAGUGCCUUAAAACUUCUUGGGAUCUACGUUGAGGGAGAUGCUUGUUUUUAGUUAUAUAUAUGUACCCUUAUCCUUGCCCCUUAUUUAUAUUCAUAGUGUUGAGCGGACAGUUUUAUCUAGAGCAGUUUAAAGUGUGUGAGCGGGGAGUGGUUAAGUGUCUUCCACAGUGCCUCCAUCAGAAUGAACAGGUCGGCUGUGGUGGUGGUGGUCCAACUUGUGACCCUCUGCGUGUAGGACGGUCUAACCACCAGACCGCCCUGCCAGUCCUGCCGCAGGAACUCUCUCAUUGUACCAUCCAGACUGUUUGGGGAAUGCCUUUUUACUCGCGCGUCGAACAAAGAAAGAUGUUCACAAUUGGAUACGACACAGUACAUUAUCGCCAGACACUCUAGUCCUGUCCUGCGCCCAGAGCUUUUUGUUUACAUAAAUUGAUUCAAUAAGUUGAGGCAGUGUGUGUGUGGCAAGGCUCUCUUGUAUGGAUUCAGAGGGGCUGAGUAGUAAUGACAUCCCCUCACGUACACACACACACACACACACACACACAGACAGACGGUACAUGCAGGUUUUCUCACUGGCUUGACACUGUUGCCCUUGCUGUCAAAUUUACUGUCAAACAGCGAGUUGUCAUGCAAAGCAGCACAACAUCAAGAGGCCCCCAGUGCCUUUAUCAGUGCAUUGACCAUAAGGACUGGUAUUGACCAUCCGUUCUAAUUUGUUUGCCUUCUCAUCAUGUCCCUCUCUCUCUCACACACACACUCUCUCUCUGUUUCUUUCACCCCCAAGCUCUGAAAUGGAUUGCUGCCUUCAGUAUGUGGUGCACUGUGAUGUUCAUGCUAAAGAGGUCAAGUUGAAUUUUCCACAUUUAAUCACCCCUGUGCCUUGCUCUCGCUGUACGAUAUAUUCUGUGUUCAUUCCUUAUGGCUUAAGCUGUUGAGAUAUGUUACUGUUGAUAAUGUAACAAUUAAACUUGUAUAAUAAACCAA